GUUUGAAAGAAACUUUUGGACUGUGAAUUGAGGCAUUGGACUCGAGAUGGCCUCACCGGCAGACAGCUGCAUCCAGUUCACCCGCCACGCAAGCGAUGUCCUCCUCAAUCUCAACCGCCUUAGAAGCCGGGAUAUUCUGACUGAUGUGGUCAUCAUUGUGAACCGGGAGCAGUUCAGAGCCCACAAAACAGUCCUGAUGGCCUGCAGUGGCCUCUUCUACAGCAUCUUCACUGACCAGCUCAAGUGCAACUUGAAUGUCAUCAACCUGGACCCUGAAAUUAACCCUGAAGGGUUUUGCAUCCUCUUGGACUUCAUGUAUACAUCCCGCCUGAAUUUGAGGGAGAACAAUAUCAUGGCCGUGAUGGCCACAGCGCUGUACCUGCAGAUGGAGCAUGUGGUUGAUACCUGCCGAAGGUUUGUCAAGUCUAGUGAAGCAGAGAUGGUGCCUGCUGUGAAGACCCCAAGGGAAGAGUUUUUGGCCGGACGGAUGCUGAGCCACCCAGAGGUGAUGGCUUAUCGGAGCAGAGAUGUCUCAGAGAAUGGCAUGCCUCUCCAAAAUGGGUCCCUCUGCAAUGGGAGGGCCUUUGCACCUGGCCUGAUCAAUAGUUUGUCUGGAUCCCCCAUUUCCUACCAUGGAUACAGCCCUCUCCCUCUAAAUAGCUUUCUUGUGGAUGAUGAGUUGCGGGAGAUGAGGAUGCCUCUCUCUGAACUCUCGAGGGCAGGUGCCUUCCCCAAGGAAAGGAUCCUGCCAUGCGACAGCUCCAGGACGAUCUCCACCGAGUACAUGAGAACCAUUACCGACAUCUCGGCCAACAUGUGCCACGCUACCAUCUAUGCUCCAAAAGAAGGUGCUGCUGAAGAAGCCAGGAGCGACAUGCACUACAGCGUAGCCUCUGGCCCCAAACCUGUUGUCCCUUCGGUCCGGAGCAAUCCCUAUUUCUCUUGCGACAAAGUGGCCAAAGAGGAGGAGCGGACCUCUUCAGAGGAUGAGAUCAGCCAGCACUUCGAGCCCACCAACACCCCCCUGGACCGCAAGGGACUCAUCAGCCCCCAGAGCCCCCAGAAGUCAGACUGUCAGCCCAACUCACCAACAGAGUCCAGCAGCAGCAAGAAUGCCCGUAUCAGUCAGAGCUCCAGCUCCCUCUUCACUAAGAGCCCCACAGAUCCCAAAGCUUGCAACUGGAAGAAGUACAAGUUCAUCAUCCUCAACUCUCUCAAUCAGAACACAAAGCAAGACAGUACUGACCAGAACGAGAUGGGAACCCUAUCUCCUCGCACCUACAUGCCCAUGUCCACUUGCCAGCAGUCCAUGGAGCCGGAGCAUCUCAAUGUGCAAUCCCCCACCAAGAUAAGUGUGAAUGGAGAAGACUCUACUAUCCCACAAGCGAGCAGACUCAACAAUAUUGUUAACAGGUCCCGGGAUGGGUCCCCUCGGAGCAGUGAAGGGCAGUCCCCGCUGUACAUGCAUUCAUCGAAGUGCAGCUCCUGUGGCUGCCAGUCCCCACAACAUGCUGAGAUGUGCCUUCAUACCCCUGGCUCAAACUUUGGAGAGGAGAUGGGGGAAACCCAGUCUGAAUACUCUGACUCCAGCUGCGAGAACGGGGCCUUCUUCUGCAACGAGUGUGACUGCCGGUUCUCUGAAGAAGCCUCUCUCAAGAGACACUCUCUGCAAGUCCACAGUGACAAGCCCUACAAGUGUGACCGCUGCCAAGCCUCCUUCCGUUACAAGGGGAACCUCGCCAGCCACAAAACCGUCCACACAGGAGAAAAGCCGUACCGCUGCAACAUCUGCGGGGCGCAGUUCAACCGGCCAGCCAACCUGAAAACCCACACACGCAUCCACUCCGGAGAGAAACCCUACAAGUGUGAGACCUGUGGGGCCAGAUUUGUCCAGGUGGCCCACCUCCGUGCUCACGUGCUCAUUCACACCGGGGAGAAGCUGAUGCUGACGUGGUAUCUUGUCGUGAGCGGCUGCGUUGGAAACACUGACGUGCAGCCCAGGCUGGGGAAGGACGUGUCCCCUACAAUCAUGUUUCACACCUUUGGCCUUUUGCCUCUCACCCCACAGUGUGAGAAGUGCAACCUGCAUUUCCGCCACAAAAGCCAGCUGCGGCUUCACCUCCGGCAGAAGCACGGGGCCAUCACCAACACCAAGGUGCAGUACCGCAUCUCAGCAAGUGAGGUGCCUCCGGAGCUCCCCAAGGCCUGCUGAAGGCAGAGGAUUUCCCAGGAGGAGUCUCGGGGAGGGUGGGGAGAAGCUGUCCAAAGGAUAUGCAACA